AUGAAUCAAAAGCCACGGGCAGGCUGUGAACAAGUCCAGCGCGCUUCAUUCACGUUUCCCACGGUCCAACGAUAUACGCGCCGUGUGAUGUAUAUUGGGCCCGAUGGUGGUUCGGAUCGAUCCGUAGUUCCCCAGCCUCCCACGUCGGCUUCGUUCCUGAGCCCGUGCACGCCGCAAGUGACCAUAUUGACUUCAACCUCAGCGGCCAGACCUGCAACAUUCUUUGCGCAUCUGCGAACGUCUGUCUCUGCUUCACGUGUGCGCGACUGCAACCGCACUCUUUGCACCGUCUGCGCUUUUGUAGUCAUACACAUCUCUACCACGGCGUCCCACAGACCCCGCUACGGCACUACCGCUUUGGAGCGUCCGGCUGCUUGUCUCUCACUUGGGAUUGAAGAGUCUAGACGGCGGCGCGAGUGGCCGACUGUAGCUGUGAGAUACGUCAAGCUCUCACUUGCGCGCAACUUGGGAAGUAUUACCAGCGCCCGGCCAAGCUUCCUCACAACUCUUCAUUCUACCAUCUUGCUUUCUGGGAGCUACCUACCCCGGUCAGAGCUUCGCAUACCCACCACGGCGGAGUAG